CUCAACCUCGCCGCGCUCAUGACUGCAACGCUGUCCAUUCUGGACCUCGUCCGCGCCUUCCGCCUCGUCCCGGGACCUCCAUUCGACCUGGACGAUCCGUCGCCUCUGGCGGCCUUUGCAGAGCGCCUGGUGGCCGAGCUGGAAGCGAGCAUCGACGCCGGGCUCGUCGCCAUGGACGCGCUCUACGCGGAAAAGGCGACUCAGCUCGCUCUGCUGGCCCGCGUGCUGGGCGAUCGAUUGCAGGCGGUAUCGACGCUGCGGAGCGUGCUCGCUGAUGGGCCAUCCGAGCCGCCGGGUCCGAGCUGGCGGGUCGGCGCGGGUGUCACCCUCGCCGCGCUGCUUGUCGAGGGCGCCGACGGCGAGGGCGGCGAUGUCGGCGAUGCCGAGCUGGACGAGGCCCAGCAGGUGUUGGAGGCUACUGGCGCAGUCUGGACGCCUGAUUCGGGCAUUCCGCAGGCCGACAUUGUAUUUCUAGUCGGUAUCGUCCUGGCUAAGCGUGGCGCGCUUGACGAGGCCCUUGUUCGCAUGGACGAGGCUCUUGCUCUCGACAAGAGCCAUGGCCCGGCAGCGGCUAUUCGCGAUCAGCUCCGCUGGGCCCUCACUGGCGAGCCUGCGCCCCCACCAGCGCCGCCGCCGCGGUCCAAGCUCUCACCGGAGGAGCGUGCUCGGCGCGGGCUCCCGGCGCCAACUCGGACUUUCGCCGCAACCUCGACGGCCUGGUCGCCUCGAUCCGGCACGACAUGGCCGAGGCGCAGCGGAUAG